CACAACUCCCAUAACUCAUCUUCAACUGUCAGCCAGGAUACACCUUUACCUUUCUUUAACCGUCAUCUCCCACUUCUAGAUUGUCUAGACCCAUCCUUUCAACUCCGAGAUCAUCUUUCAACUCGAGAUAGACGCAAGGUCUAAUUCAGACAUUUACUCUUCCUUUUUCUAGUUUAAGAUGGUCGCAGAACAUAACUGCGUCGCCUGUUCGGCUAUUCCCUCUCAACCCAUGACGGUUAUAGCUUCUACCUAUGACGGCAGGGGUGAACCUCGAUCUAAAGUGCUCUUAGGCAUUGGCAAGGGUAGUCGACAUAUCGUUGACUUCCCAGAGGAUGGGAUUUAUCUUGUUUACAAGGACCGAGCCCUUCAAGUUGCUGGAUCGCAAUGCACUAACAGGAAGUGCAACUGGGUAUGCUAUUGCGACAAGGAUCGACUCCCGACCACCCCAUGCGACCCCCCUACUCAUCGUACUUUGAAAAGCAUAGCAAGUGACUGGACUACGUGGAAGCCUUGCAACGACUGCUUAUUCCGGUGGCUCUGUCUGUACCAGGUUGUCGAAAAGUCGUAUCCUUUUCAAUUACUCGCGUACCCACGUACGCUCACGUGGACUAGCUCUUUGGGAUAUGAUGCUUUUCAAUACGAUGAUGAAUGGGAGGAUCUGUCAGAGCAUUAUUAUGUUCGUUCAACGUACAACGGGCGGCGUCAGACUAUGUCGGAUGAUCCCACGUCAGUACGAGUGUUCAAUUGGAUGCUAGAGGCUUGGGUUGACUUCGUUAAAAUGGGCGGCUAUAAGGGUGCCUCUGUGAAGUCAGUCUCGGAAAGCGAUCCUAAUGUGACAGCACUCUCGGACACCGAUUUUGAUGUGAUAUCAGAAUACACAGAGUCUAUCGGAGAUAUAGUAUCGAUCAAGGAUGACGAGAGCGAUAGUAGGCGUAUUCAGAUUGCAACCCCGCCCUCCAGUCACCACGAAGCUGAAGACGACGAUUUUGACCAUAUCGAUGAUGUGAUAGAGGAAGAGUUCCCCAUAUUGCACGAGAAAGAGAUUGCUCGGAAGAAAAAGGCUGCGCGCAACAAGAAAGUCGCGAACAAUGAACGCAAUGACCAUGGUGAGGACCCACCAGCGAUAAUUCCUCCAAAGGACAUGGCAGUUGGUCGCGGAUUCAGACCAACCUCUCAGGACACCAAGCCACAAACGAGGCCAGGACAGAAACGCCAGCACCGCGACCUCGACGUAAACGAUGACGCAUCGCGUGCAAAGCAACGAAAGAGAGAGUAUGAUGUUUCAUCGUGGAUCAAGUCUGGACGCCGACCUUAUCCGAACACUACUCGUGCCCAGGACAUCGUGGAAAGUUGGCGGCAGAGCAAUACUCGGCGUUAAAGCGGCUAUCAAUACAAGAAGAAGUGAAAGAGACUACCAUAAUGAGAACACGGUUUCGCCAUUCCCAGAGCUACGAGAGCGUCCUUAAGUAAAGGAUGACGGGUUCAACACUCAUUCAUGGCCUAAUCCAUGGCCAUACAAAUAAUCUUUUUUACAAAAAGAAAAAGAAAACAAGAAAAAACAAGAAAACCGAAAUAAAAAGGAGAAUAUCAACACAUUCUUUGUCUUCAUUAAUCUGUUCUAUACAUUCUCAACAGAACAUGAAUGGUGAUGGAAAGGGGGGCGAGACUAGGAACUGGGUUAUUUCGAUUUCUCCCUAAGCUCACGAACACUCCCUUUACCUAUAGUAUGAAAAGUCAAAAAAGACCGCAGAGUAACAAGAGAGAAGAAGUAUUUCUUCUACAAUCAUGACAAAAUGAUGUUGUUUGGUCCCAACAAUGUUGGAGCUGUACUAUGAUCGACCUUGCG